AUGACUGCUAAAGCAAAUCAAGAUUUGAAAAUGCCUUGGAACUCUUUAACUCUGGUUUCCAAAUGCACAAUUUUCCCAGCACAAAAAUCCAAUUUGGGUGACCUCAAACUUUCAGUUUCAGACCUUCCAAUGCUAUCUUGUCACUACAUUCAGAAAGGGGCUUUGUUUACUCGCCCCCCAUUUCCAAUUUCUGAACUCGUUGCUCUCCUCAAAACAACCCUCUCACAGACAUUGACUCAUUUUCCGCCGCUUGCGGGUCGACUCACCAUCGAAUCAGAGGGAUAUGUUUACAUUACCUGCAAUGACGCUGGAGUAGAUUUUAUCCAAGCAAGUGGGACCCACAUUCACUUGAGGGAUAUUUUGGGCUCCCUUGAUGUGCCUCAAGAAGUUAAUGGGUUCUUUGCUUUUGACCAAAAGGUUAGUUAUGAAGGCCAUUUCAGCCCUAUUCUUGCUGUGAAGGUCACGGAAUUGGCCGAUGGUGUUUUCAUUGGCUGCGACGUGAAUCACGCUGUUACAGAUGGAACUUCCUUCUGGAAUUUCUUUAACACUUUUGCUGCGUUAAGUAGAGGCGACGAAAGGAUUUCAAGGACGCCGGACUUCUGUCGUGACUCUGCUUUGAUUUCUACAGCGGUGCUGAAACUCCCUGCCGGCGGCCCCAAGGUUAGCUUCUCCGUUGAUACACCGUUAAGAGAGAGAAUUUUCAGUUUUAGCAGAGAAUCCAUUCAGAAGCUGAAAUCCAAAGCCAAUAAUCAGAAAUCGGAAUUAAACAUUGUAGAAUUGACGGGCAAGCAGAGUAACGACCCGAUAAAAUUUCCUGACGGAAAGUUGACACCGUUAACUUGGCUCAGAAACACCAUUUCCAGGGAACCAAGUAACAAAAAUCCAACUGCCGAGAUUUCAUCAUUUCAAUCACUAUGUGCCCUGUUAUGGCGCGGCAUCACUCGAGCGAGAAAAUUUCCAGCCUCUAAAACGACAACGUUCCGGAUGGCAGUGAAUUGCCGGCACAGGCUCGAGCCGAAGCUGGAGGCCCUAUACUUUGGCAACGCGAUUCAGAGUAUUCCGACAUACGCUUCAGCCGGCGAUGUGUUAGCUAAAGAUUUGCGUUGGUGCGCCGAGCAAUUGAACAAAAACGUGUUGAGCUACGAUAACGCAAUGGUAAGAAAACACAUCGCGAAGUGGGAGCAGGAGCCACGAUGCUUCCCGUUGGGGAAUUUCGAUGGUGCGAUGAUCACAAUGGGAAGCUCUCCAAGGUUCCCAAUGUACGAAAAUGAUUUCGGGUGGGGCAAACCCAUGGCGGUUCGGAGCGGGCUGGCGAACAAAUUUGAUGGCAAGAUUUCUGCAUUUCCAGGUCGCAAUGGUGGUGGAAGCGUUGAUUUAGAAGUGGUUUUGGCAGCAGAGACCAUGGCAGCGUUAGAAUCCGACCCUGAGUUCAUGGAGUAUGUUUCGAUAAAUACUUGA